AUGAGGGCUACGGUCCAAGAUCCUCCCUUGAGCAUCAGCACCUCGAAACGACCAAGUCGACCACAGGGCCAUACGGCGCAAGCGCAAGCACCAAACCCGAAGCUGUCUUGGCUUCCACACCGAAGCUUGAAAGCCUUGAGACCCAAGCUAGGUUUCCCCCUCUGCGAUACGAUCUUGGAGAAAGCCCUGGAGCCCUCGAACGCUGUUCGAGACGGGAAGGGCUCGUACCAGGGCCUCGCGAAGCUGAAGGUGAAGCACAACGACUGCCGUGGAAGACAGGAGGAGAAAAAGAUCCAGUACGACAUGUGCAAUGAUCAGAAAGAAAACGAGCAGCAGCUCAUGACUGCCUCGUGCGAUCAGAACUUCACCAAGUUCUAUCAAAAAGCGGGUGCGACCACCACGGGCCAGUGGGGAGCCACGUGUGACACAAAGCAGUCCACUUACCAGCAGAACGCUCCUGCGGAUAUCCCAUUGAUCCACCAGCCUCCCGGACAAGAACAGGGCUGA